GAGGAAGGUUCUGACGCUGAGUUUUAGACUGAUUUUGGGGUGGGGCUGGAGGGAUGAGCUCCUGUGCGAGUGUGAUUGAGCGAGAAGCAAGGCAGUGAGAGGAUAGAAGGUUCUUUUUAGGGUCUCUUAGUGGGGCGGAAGCACAAGUAGGAAAGAGAGGGGAGGGAAGGUCGGGAAGAGAGAAAAAGGUAGGUGAAGUGACCUGAGGGCCAGAAUGGCGUUGAGAAGGAAGAGGAGACUAGAAGAAAGCAGAUGCAUAAGGCAGGGCAGGUAGUGCUUGGAAAUGACCAAGUCACCAGCGCCUAAGUUUGCAUAGCUGGAGUCAGUGGCUUUGAAUGUAGUUGUCACAGGAGAAGGACCAGCCUCUCCACAAGGCCUGGAUUCGGCUGAGGUCUUCAAUUAUGACGGAAAACUAACUCGUUUUCGCAGAAACAGAACUACUUAAUUAUAAAAGCUUGUGCCUCCAGAAUAUGAUGGCAAGUCACCUUGUAAAACCUGAUACUAGAAAUUGCAAGAGGCCAAGAGAAUUAGAGCCUCAAAUGCCAGAUAGUCCACAGCUGUCCUCUCUUGGAAAAUCAGAUUCAUCUUUCUCAGAAAGUUCUGUACUGUUUUAUAAAGAUGAAACCCUGGAGAAAGGUUUGAAUGAUAUGAGCAAGGAAAUUAAUCUAAUGUUGUCUACAUAUGCAAAGAUCUUAAGUGAGAGAGCAGCAGUAGACGCAUCUUACAUUGACGAGAUAGAUGGACUCUUCAAAGAAGCCAAUACUAUUGAAAACUUUUUAAUACAAAAACGAGAGUUCCUGAGACAGAGGUUUACAGUGAUUGCAAACACACUGCACAGAUAAAAUGUUACUUAAAAUAAGAUGAAAAUUUAAACCCAUUAUUGUUGUAAUAAAAAAAAUGAUAUUUAUGCUCUGAAAGCUCUCUAGUUGUUAAAGGAAAUGUGUAUCUUAAACAGAGAAGAGGAAACUCCUUGACUUUAUUUUCUAGACUUAAAAGGGGCUUCAAGCUGGAAAUUAAUUUGAAGUAAUGCAGUUUCUCUUUUAAGUGUCAAAUAUUUGGCAUAUUUUAUAAAAAUGUAAGGUAUUUAAAUUUAUGUGGAUUCUUCUCUUUCCUUAAACUUCCUAGCCUUUCUUAAACUUCUAAAAGAGGACCCAGUUGAUUUGAUAAUGUUUACAAUAUUGUUCUUUUUUCUUUAGAAUAUUUUCUUUAAAUAACAGAUAGCUUUGGUGAUAGUUUUAAAAUGUUUUUCAUGGUCAGUAUUAUAAAAGAACAUUAAAACCUUAAAGGUAAUUUGUCCAGUUUCUCAAUAUGUAAUAAAAUAUAACUGUGUGCUAUUGCUAUUUAAUUUUACUAUUUUAUUAUUUUCACUAUUAGUUAUUAUAUAUGGCUAAUCAAAGCUCUUGGUUUAAAAUUAUUUUCUUGUGGUAAAAGUAGUAAAAUAAAAACCAGAAAUUACUAACUAUAA